GUCUGAUGCCUUCCCGGGCGCCUUGGCCGGCCACGGUGGCUUCCGCCCGCUGCGCUGCGGGUGUUGCGGCGAGCUCUUUGACUUGGGCAAAGUGAGUUUUAGCCAUGAUCCAAAGCGAUUCUGGUGUCCCAAAUGCCGCUUUCGGGCCAUGGACCCCUUCAAUGAGGUGGUUGAUGGUGGCCUGCUCCACAUGUGCCUCGUGACCGCUGCGGAGCACAGUUUCACAUUGUCCCUUCCGCAACUCCAGGAAUGGCGGGCUGCUGGCGAGGCUGUUUGGGUUCGCAUGGUGGCCUUGGAUUGCACCGAACUUUUGCAGGUGUGGCCAGAGGAGCUGACAUUGGAGGCGGAUGGCCGCGAGCUCUUUCGAAUUGCGCCGCCAGAAAAGGGCCACCGGCGGCGUGAUUUGCCGCAGGAGUUGACGUACCAGCUUAUGGCUGGCCAGAAUGCCCUGCAGCUCAGAGUGAAUGCUUCCGCAGCAUCCACCGGGCUGGCCCUAGGUGUGCUGCGCUGCUCUGCAAAGGCACCGCGGAAGCUGUGCGGCGAGGUCCCGAGGGAAUCCGCCGCUGCCGCCCGGGAACGGCUUCAGGAGCUGCUGCGUGACGAGCGGGCCGGCAAGGAGGACCCGCACCAGGUCACUCUGCGAAAGCACCUUGGAGUCCUUGUCCAAGUGGAUGCUUGGAGCAGCCCCUUGCAAUCCUGUCUUUGCGCCACAGCGGCUGUCUACGUGUGGCUACUCCCUACCUUGCAACAGGCUGACUGGGCACACACCUGUGAGACCCAAACUGUAGAUGGUGAAGUCUUUGCUUAUCCACACUGCAUCUAUUGGGUGGAUUGGGCCUGGUUGCGAUGGAUACUCCAGAAAGCGGGCUUGAAUGUGUGGGUGGAGAGUGGUGCCAGCGUGUCCGACUUUAUAGCCAACGCGCAAGCUACGGGCGGCAUGGGAGCGGUCAACUUUUGGCCCUGCCUGUACCUCUUCAUGCCAAGCCGCUGGCUGGACAGCCUUGCGGCCUACGUCUCCCUGAUGCUCUUCCAGGUCUUUUUCGGUCUCUUCCUGAUGAACCCAGUCACCCUGAGCUUCUGCAACCAUCUUCUGGUUGUGCAGAUCUUCUGCGUAGCUGGCAUGGUGCAUAUGCUGAUCAUGUGGAGCCACCUGGGGGACUUGGAGCCCUGGAGGCAAUUGCCAUGUCAACUCUGCGCGCUGGGGUCCAUUGCUGGCUUCGUCGGCGUUGUCCUCACGGGUAACAGCUGCUUGCACUCCAACUGGCUGGGAACCCACUUGCCCUUUUUGUUCUACGCCUGCGAGUCAUUGGGAUUGAGCUCCAUGUCACUGUUCGCACUCUUCUGGAAAAGCAAGCUGCCACUGGCUGCUCUGAUCAAAGAAGCUUGA